ACAUUACUUUUCAGUCACUGGAUCUCUACCACUUAUUCGUGUCAUUGAAGGACAAACAGCCAUCAUUCAGAUUCCAGCAGCUGAUUGGGAUCGAACUGAUGAUAUUCGUUGUCGUUGGGCUGAUAGUUCAGGUCCUGCUGGAGAUGAAUGUGGUGAUAUAUGUAAUAAUUUACCAGGUGCUAAUUUAUCAUCCAGUGAAUGCACAAUAACAUGGAAUGCUGUUCGACGAUCAGUUGAUGCGCAUUUAACUACAAGCACUUAUGUAGUAGCAAUCAUGGUAGAAGAUUUUGUCAAUAGUGCAAGUACUACUCCUAUGAGUUCAGUUCCAUUACAAAUGCUUAUUUAUACCUAUCAACCUGCAUCUGGAGCUUGUAGUGUUAUUCCUGCAAUCAUUGGUGAUCGUCCUAAUCGAGCUUGUAUUGGUGUUUUACCUGGUGUACAACAUGUUGAACGAAUUGUUGCUGCUGUUUAUUGUACUGGUGAUAACAUCGAUGAAUUUAUUACUAUUUCGCCUUUAUAUAUGACAAAAACAGCUAAAGCACGUGUUACUGGUACUACUAAUCAAUGGUACAUUACACUCACAUGGACACCAACUACUGAUCAGAUAGGACCUCAAGUGUUUUGUGCUGCUCCUAUUGAUCAAAAGAAAUUGACUGGAUCACAAUAUUGUAUUAGUUUUGUUGUUGGCUAUCUUCCACCAAAUCUGAUCACUCCAACACUUGUACAAGGAUCGGCUUCACCAUUGGGUACAGUUUUUGCUAAUCACUCUUUAUUCAGUAUUCAAGCCACAGGUGAUGUUUAUCGUCCUAGUCGAAAUGGAACAUACAUUCAAAUCUUUAACAAAGCAAAUUCAUCGUGCGCUGAAUGGCAAGCAGAUUGUGGUUAUUCAUCAGAUUGUAUCUAUUCAGGACAAACUGUUCUUUUCUAUGUUCGAAAUGCUAAUUGGACUUAUGGUGCUAAUUAUUAUAUUUUAUUUUCAAGUGGAGCUGCAUCUGGUAAUAUAUUUUGUAAUCCUGAAUCAGAUCCUAUUACAGAUACAAGCUUUUGGAAUUUCAACAUUUGGGAUCCAGGUGUAUCAAGUACAACAACAACAACGACAACUCCACCAACAACUGGUACUGUGACAACAAGAGUAUGUUUCUAUUGUGAAUAUUAGAGUAUGAUAAGU